AUGGAGUCUCUUCUCUCCCCGUCGGAAUCACACGCUUUCCAGUCUUUCCUCUCCUCGAUUGACUACAACGACCAAGCAUCAACAUCACCGCCAGAAUGGGGCGGCGGAGGCGUCUAUGCGCUUCAUCACCAAUACCGCGACGAUGACAUUUUGGUGGACAAUGUACCCCAGGCUCAAGGAAGCGAAGCUUUGGCGAAAGCCACAAAGGAUCUGAUGUCGCUAGACUCGGAUCGGUGGAACAUGUCGCAUUCUCAACACGAUUACAACCAGCAGCAUCAGGCGUACGACUCCAAUGGGCAGUACCAACAUCACCACCAACAGCAGCUACACCAGCAUCAGCUGCAACAGCCUCACAGAGCUUCUUACUCGUCCUCUUCGCGCGACUCCUUCCCAUUUCUGCACACAAAGAACCAGCAGCUGCGUCAACAACCAUCAUCUCAGCUAUGGCCCAACACCCAGCACCAGCAGCAAGACCCACACAGCCACCACCACCCGCAACACAUCUCCAUCCCUCACCAACUCACCAUCCCCACCCUCCCAUCCCACCUACUAACCCCCACCGCAUCCUCUUCCUCUUCCGGAGGCACUCCAAUCUCCCCACACAACAUGUUUGCAUACCCACCUUCCAACCACCACCAUCUCCCCGGCCAACCCAUGUCCGCGCCAUCCACAUCCACACUAUCCAAACGCACACCCAUACAACACUCACUCUCUUCCAGAGGAAGCACAAGCAGCGCAGCAGCAUCCACAUCAUCAACAACAACCACGAACCCCAAACGACCCAGAACCUCACCUCCCUACGUGCGUAACCCCCACAACGGUCACAACAACGGCCUACCCAAACAAACCCUCCUCUCGCCAUCCCAGAAAAAAGCCAACCACAUCCAAUCUGAACAAAAGCGCCGCGCGAAUAUCCGCCGUGGGUACGAGGCGCUUUGUGAGACUGUGCCUGCUUUACGCGAGGCUAUAAGGGAGGAAGAAGAGGCGGACGCGGAGGCGAGAGGAGGGGGUGGGGGUGGGAAUGGAGAGGGUAAUGGGAAGGGGAAGGGUGCUGCUUCUAAGGGGAAGAAAGGGAAGAAAGGGAAGGGAGGUGGGGAAGGGGAGGAGAAGGGGGAGAAGGAUAAGAUUGAUGGACGGGCUGGGCCGAGGAGUGAGAAUGUCGUUUUGUCGAAGACGAUUGAUUACAUGCAGGAUUUACUCGCGGAGCGGUCUGCGCUUUUGGGAAGGCUGCAUCGUGCGAGGGCGUCACUUCCACCGGGACAUCCGGCGCUUGUGCCUUUAUCGCCUGAUCCUGCGUGGGAGAGGGAGUGGAAGGGUGGGGAGGGGAGGUUGGGUGAUGAGGAGGUUGAGGAGGAGGAGGAGGAAGAGGAGAAGAGGGGGAGUGGGGAGGAGGAUGGGAUACAGCCAACGCCGAACAUUUUGCCAGUUGCAAUUGAUAUUUCCGAGGGGUUUCCCUACUCAAGUUUCUCUGCCGAGCCUCGAUGUGGCGAGUCCGAGUGUAAGAUUAUAGAUAGGGGCUUUGUUUGGUAA